AUGACUAUCGCUGACACUUUCAAGCUGUUUAUUUUGAGACACGGUCAAAGUGAAUUGAACUCAGAGAAUAUAUUCUGUGGAUGGAUAGAUGCUAAAUUGACUGAGAAAGGCAAGUCUCAAGCUCGCCACUCCGCAAAAUUGAUUAGGCAGUUUUGCAACUCUAACAAUAUCUCUUUACCUCAGAUCGGCUAUACCUCAAGAUUGGUCCGGACUCAGCAAACUAUGAACGUUAUUCUUGAAGAAUUAGAAUUAAAAUCAGAAAACCACGUAAUUACGACAAAUACGGACAUUAAUGAAGAAUUGUGCAACAUAGAAUCUGGAAAAAGUAUACCUGUGUUGCAAACUUGGAGACUAAAUGAGCGUCAUUACGGUUCAUGGCAAGGACAAAGAAAACCGGACGUCCUGAAAGAAUACGGCAAGGAAAAAUACAUGUACAUUAGAAGAGAUUACAACGGGAAGCCGCCUAAAGUAAACCUAAAUUUGGAAAUGGUUCAAGAGGAAAAUGAUCAAGGCUCCUCUACAGGUUAUGAUUUUAAAGAACCUAAUAGACACUUGAAAUACGGCUCAGAAGAAGAAGCUAAUGAGCGUUUACCAGAGAGUGAGUCUCUUUGUGAAGUAGUCAUCAGAUUAAAACCAUUCCUAAAUGAUAUUGUUUUAUCUACUGCCAAAAAGAGUAAUCAAGAAUCGUGUAUCAUAGUCGGGCAUGGUAGCUCUGUUAGAUCACUGUUAAAAAUACUAGAAGGAAUCUCGGACGAAGAUAUUAAAGAUAUCGAUAUCCCUAACGGCAUUCCGUUAGUUAUAGAAUUGGACAGGGACAAUUACUCUUUUGUGAGGAAGUUUUACUUGGAUCCAGAAUCAGCUAAAGUCAAUGCACAAAUGGUUCGUGAUGAAGGAUUUGAAAAAAUUACAUGA